CAGUUCCCUGAGCACGGUCUGAGUCCCCUUCGAGCACCAGCCUCUUGCUCUUGCUAUUUGCGGCGAGAAGAUAAUGAAGUAGGACCCGCCGGAGGAGAGGGAAACAGCUCCCCCGCAGCCGCGGCGUGCUCCGGGCGAUGCCUCCUCGCCCGCUUACAAGACAAUAGCCAAAGAAAUUAAGGCGGGGGAGAAAAUGACUGAUCCUUCUGUAUGAGAUAAUGGAUGAGCCUGGGAUGACCUGUUUUUUUCCUUGCGGUGGAGCAGUGCUGAAGACAGAGGGCACCAGCGCCCAGCCCACAGCCGUCGCCCCGCCGCCAGCGCGCCAGCUCGGGGCGCCCGGGGAGCCGCCGAUGCCCGCUCCGAGCAGGCAGGGAGCCGCUACCGCGCCGGCUCAGGCUAAAAGUCACUAGGAUGACGGCUGCCUUGGCACCCUGGAGCGCUAUGCUUUAAGACUUUGCUGUGAUGGUAUCUGGAGCAACUUGAGAGCUGGCGGGGGGAAGCAGAUGCCUUUCGCUACAUGUCCUUAAGCCAUGUGCAGGCAAGAGGAGCCCGCGAAAUUCGUAGCGUGGAUCUGGACGACCUGGUGCCACACGAUGAUCGGCGUGCUGCUGGUCCUCUUCCCCGCUCUGCUGCUGGAGACGGAGGUGCUGUCCCGGAGCGCGGGGCGCAGGGUGCUGCUCUCGGCAGCCUCCUCGCCGCGGUCGGUGGCGCGGAUGGACGGCGAUGUCAUCAUCGGCGCCCUCUUCUCCGUCCACCACCAGCCGCCGGCUGAGAAAGUGCCGGAGAGGAAGUGUGGGGAAAUCCGAGAGCAAUAUGGCAUCCAGCGAGUCGAAGCCAUGUUUCACACUUUGGAUAAAAUUAAUGCCGACCCUGUCCUGCUCCCUAACAUCACCCUGGGCAGCGAGAUCAGGGACUCCUGCUGGCACUCCUCGGUCGCCCUGGAGCAGAGCAUCGAGUUUAUCCGCGACUCCCUGAUCUCCAUCAGAGACGACAAGGACGGAAGCAGCCGGUGCGUGUCUGACUCGCAGCCCCAACACCAGGGCAGAGUGAAAAAGCCCAUCGCGGGGGUCAUUGGCCCCGGCUCCAGCUCGGUGGCCAUCCAAGUGCAAAACCUGCUCCAGCUCUUCGACAUCCCGCAGAUCGCGUACUCUGCCACGAGCAUCGACCUGAGCGACAAAACGCUCUACAAAUACUUCCUCAGGGUGGUCCCCUCCGACACGCUGCAAGCCCGGGCCAUGCUCGACAUCGUCAAGCGCUACAACUGGACCUACGUCUCCGCCGUGCACACGGAAGGCAAUUACGGGGAAAGUGGAAUGGAAGCCUUCAAAGAGUUGGCUGCUCAAGAAGGUCUCUGCAUCGCUCACUCUGACAAGAUCUACAGCAAUGCUGGGGAAAAGAGCUUUGACCGCCUGCUUCGGAAGCUACGUGAAAGGCUGCCCAAGGCCAGAGUGGUGGUAUGUUUCUGUGAGGGAAUGACAGUGAGAGGGAUCCUCAUCGCCAUGAGACGCCUGGGAGUGCUUGGGGAGUUUCUGCUAAUUGGAAGUGACGGCUGGGCAGACAGAGAUGAAGUCAUUGAAGGUUAUGAACCUGAAGCAAACGGAGGCAUCACUAUCAAACUGCAGUCUCCAGAGGUCUUGUCAUUUGAUGACUACUAUCUGAAGCUGCGGCUGGACACCAACACUCGCAACCCCUGGUUCCCUGAGUUCUGGCAGCACAGAUUUCAGUGCCGCAUCCCAGGGCACCCACUGGAGAACCCCAACUUCCAGAAGAACUGCACUGGCAAUGAAAGCCUAGAAGAAAACUAUGUGCAGGACAGUAAAAUGGGAUUUGUCAUCAAUGCUAUAUAUGCCAUGGCUCAUGGCCUCCAAAAUAUGCAUCAUUCCCUUUGCCCUGGACAUGUUGGGCUGUGUGAUGCUAUGAAGCCAAUUGAUGGCAGCAAACUCUUGGAAUUCCUCCUCAAGUCCUCGUUCAUUGGUGUUUCUGGAGAAGAAGUUUGGUUUGAUGAAAAGGGAGAUGCCCCUGGAAGGUAUGACAUCAUGAACCUGCAGUACAUAGAGCCAAACCGCUACGACUAUGUCCUCAUUGGCACCUGGCACGAAGGCGUGCUCAACAUUGAUGACGACCGGGUUCAGAUGAACAAGAGUGGGAUGGUGCGCUCCGUGUGCAGCGAGCCCUGCUGGAAGGGACAGAUUAAGGUGAUCAGGAAAGGAGAAGUGAGCUGCUGCUGGAUUUGCACUGCUUGCAAGGAGAAUGAAUUUGUUCAGGAUGAAUUCACAUGCAAAGCCUGUGAGCUUGGCUGGUGGCCGAACGCUGACCUGACAGGCUGUGAACCCAUCCCUGUAAAGUAUCUCCAGUGGAGCAAUAUAGAGUCUAUUGUGGCUGUGGUCUUUUCCUGCCUGGGGAUCCUGGUCACCAUGUUUGUCACCCUUAUCUUUGUGCUCUAUAGGGACACCCCUGUUGUCAAAUCCUCCAGCCGGGAGCUCUGCUACAUAAUCCUUGCUGGCAUCUUUCUGGGUUACAUCUGUCCUUUCACCCUUAUAGCUAAACCCACCACCACAUCCUGCUACCUCCAGCGCCUUCUGGUGGGCCUCUCCUCCGCCAUGUGCUAUUCUGCUCUCGUGACCAAAACCAACCGCAUUGCACGCAUCCUGGCAGGCAGUAAAAAGAAGAUCUGUACUCGCAAGCCACGUUUCAUGAGCGCGUGGGCCCAAGUGGUCAUUGCCUCCAUUUUGAUCAGCGUGCAGCUGACACUGGUGGUCACGCUGAUCAUCCUGGAGCCCCCGAUGCCCAUCCUCUCCUACCCCAGUAUUAAGGAAGUUUACCUUAUUUGCAACACCAGCAACUUAGGCGUCGUGGCUCCCGUGGGCUACAAUGGACUCCUCAUCAUGAGCUGCACGUACUAUGCCUUCAAGACUCGCAACGUGCCUGCCAAUUUCAAUGAGGCCAAGUACAUUGCCUUCACCAUGUACACCACUUGUAUCAUCUGGCUGGCCUUCGUGCCUAUUUAUUUUGGGAGCAACUACAAGAUCAUCACCACCUGUUUUGCAGUGAGCCUGAGCGUGACAGUGGCCCUGGGGUGCAUGUUCACACCCAAGAUGUACAUCAUCAUAGCCAAGCCUGAGAGGAAUGUCCGCAGUGCCUUCACCACCUCAGACGUGGUGCGUAUGCACGUCGGGGAUGGCAAGGCACCUUGCAAGUCCAACACUUUCCUCAACAUAUUCCGGAGAAAGAAACCAGGGGCUGGAAAUCCAAAUUCUAAUGGAAAGUCUGUGUCAUGGUCUGAACCAGGUGGAAGACAAGUUCCCAAGGGACAACACAUGUGGCACAGACUCUCAGUGCAUGUGAAGAGCCAGGAGGCAGGGUGCAAUCAGACCGCGGUGAUCAAACCCCUCACUAAAAGCUACCAUGGCCAAAGCAAGAGCCUGACUUUUUCUGACAUCAGCAGUAAGACUCUGUACAAUGUGGUGGAGGAACAGGAGAGCGAGCCCAUCCGCUUCACCCAGCCCGGCAGCCCCUCCAUGGUGGUGCACAGGCGGAUGGCCACAACACCCCCACUGCCAGCCACAGCGGAGGAGACCCACCUCUUCUUGCCCGAGCAGCCCCCCAAGAGCCUGCCUCUGCAGCCGCGCUCCCUCAUGGAGCAGCUGCAAGGAGUGGUCAACAAGUUUGCCCCUGGCAUCCCCGACUUCAACGCCGUGCUCCCCGCACCCAGCUUGGGCAACAGUGUGCGGCCCCCGUACCAGGCCCCACCGCAGCAGCCCCCACCACUGCCUCUCCAAGAGGCCACCGCCUUCAGCGAGGAGCCCGCGUCCCCCCCAGCCGAGGAGGCAGAGAGCGAAAAGCUGAAGCUCAUCCAGGGCUAUGUCUACGAGAAGAACCCGGAGGAUGAGGAGGACGAGCCAGCAACCAGCAAACUGACUCUGGAAGACUCUCCAGCGCUGACGCCCCCUUCCCCUUUCCGGGAUUCGGUGGCUUCGGGCAGCUCCGUGCCCAGCUCCCCUGUGUCGGAGUCGGUGCUGUGCACCCCCCCGGACAUGACGUAUGCCUCUGUCAUCCUGAGGGAUUAUAAGCAAAGCUCGUCCACCUUGUAGAGCAGGGAUGCUGCCAAGAUGGGACAAGAAGGACUUCGGCAGCUGCCCUCUGGGAGAUCCUGGGGAGAAAAAUCUCCCAGGGGUGGGGGAGAGGGAGGAAGCAGAAAGUGAAGUCACAUAUGACAGGGCAAAAACUUUAUCCUGAACUUAAAAAAAAAAAAAAAAAAAAAAAGAUCCAUUCUGAGGGCUCAAAAUUCUCUAGCUGUUAAAAAUACUGUACUUUGAGAAGAUGAUAGGAGAACAUAGCAAAGCACAAACCCAAUAAACAACUUCUAUGGCAAAAAAUGAAUUAACACACAGAAAAAUAUCACACUUAGUCACACCUUCUCUUGGCAAUGCUUGAAAAGGACUCUGGGAAGUGUGACCUUGGAGGAGUCAUUAGCACAUCUCCUGACUGUAAUCCGUCUGCUACAGAAGCAACAAAUCCAGAAGCUGGAAAGGCGAGUGUGGCGAGGAGAAAUGAAGCUAUUUGUAUAUGAGACAUAUAUGCAUAAAUAAUUUUUUCUGGUAUAAAUGUGUAACACUUUGGGGGCAGAGGAGCACAUGAAAGCAUAUGGCUCUUAAUGAAUUUUGUCUGAACAAUUUGUUGCUCAUAUUAGGCUGCUUUGGGGGGAGGGGUCUUCUUUUGUGCUGAUCGUGAACAGCGCCAGGAUUACUAUCAAGUUAAGAUCUGAGAGGUUACUGGGGAAAGUCCUUGCUGUAGUACUUGUGAUGUGACGAGGACUUAAAAAACACCCUUUUGUAUAAGAUUGCAAACCAUGUGGCUAAACUGUUACACAACAUUUACUGUAGCAGAACAAUAUUUAUUGACUAACUUUUCAUAAUACAAUAUACUUGCCAUGUGAUUACAUCAUUCCUUUGUGUUACUUUUGAAUCAAAUACAUUGGAAAAUAGCUGUAUACUUAGAGCAAUGAUUACUACUCUGAAACAAAGGCAAUUCCAUAUUGGAGAUUAUAGAGUCAGCCUAGAAGCAAGAGAGUGAGCGAAUGUUUGUGUCUCUGUAUGCGUGUAUACAGUAUGUGUGAAAUGUAAUGUCUAAUAACUACCACUGGAGGAUUGUCUUAUAAAUAUACUAUGAAUAUUUUUAUGUUUCAAUCAUGUUUUAUAUUGCAUUGUUACAAAUAUUCAAUAGAUCUUUGGAGAUUUAUAUGCUGUGCUAUCACAUUUUUUCAUAUACAAGCUCAGACAGUUGUUACCCUUAUAAUAGGGUGCUCUAUUUUGCAGAUAUUUUAUGAAGUAGACAUAUGGUAUUAAUAACCAGUGUAUUGAGAACUUGUUACUUUAAGUGUUUGCAGCAAGUGUGGUUAAGAAACAAAAAAAAAAAGAAAACAAAAAAAGAAAAAGUCUGUUUUAGAAAUCUUGCACUUGCCAGUAUAAAUCUAUACAGGUGAGACAGGAAAAAGUAUUUAAACUAUUUUGUUGCUUCAGAUAAUUAAAAAUAAAAUCAUGUGCAGGCAGGAACUUUCAUCAGUGCUUAAUGUGUACAUAUAUACCCAGGUUUUGUUCUAAACUGUUCUUUUAAUUUGUUUAUUAUGUUUAGUUGGGUAUUCUUUCUACACACUUCCAUUUCUUCUAUUUAAUAUACAAUCUUGUCAGCUGAAAAGUCACUUCCAGGCAGUUGUAGUUCUGUCAUUCAUUCCUCCUCCUCUAAUCCAACACUCCCCGGUGGCAUGUUCAAAGUCCAGAUCUGAUUGCUGUGGCUUGAAAUUCAUUAUAUUUAUUAUUACCUUAUUUAUAUAUGUGUAUAUGACAUAUAUUCGAGACAGCAUUUUAGCUGCUAUGAACUUUGAUAGUGCUGCUGAAUUUAGCUGAGGAUCUGUCUGAUAAUUUUACACUUUAUUUUACACUUUAUUUCCAAAGAUAUUUCUAAGGAAUAUUUUCAUGCUAAUAUAGUUGCAAAAAAAUGAAUUUUAACCAUGCUUAUUAUGUAAAUUCUGUCAGAGUUUUUCUGACUUCAUUGUAUUUCUACUCUGCUUCUCUUUUCACUUGUAUUUUAAGAAGUCCUGUUGCCAGUCAUCAUUUUUUCUCUUAAGGUCCAAAUUUCAUUAUUUUGAUCUAAUUAUAUAGCAGAGGUGUCAGAAAAUUUGGCUGCUACCAAAAAUCAGAUGGAAUCCAUAUUCCUGAUCCUCUUUUCAUUCUGUUUGUUCCUUUCAAUAUGAACAGUAGCCAAUUGCUAUCAUCAUCCCAAUGUGGAAAGCAUGAACUGACUUUGCCCAAAGUUACAUUUUUGCUUUUGUCGGUAGAUUGAUGUCUCUGCUCUAUAAUGAACUAAAAACACCUGAGGGUUGGGUUGGUUGAUUUUUGUCUGCUUGGUGCUUUGGGUUUUUUUGUUGCUGCUGUUUCUUUUUUUAAUGCUAAUUACAUAUUAAGGCAAUUGGAAGAAUGCCAUAUUUUCUUUGCUGAUCACCACACUAGCAAUGAAUUUUAUCUUAUAAUCUUAGUAUAAGAUUCUCUGUGCUGUUUCCAAGAACAUACUGUCAGUAGCACAGGGCUAGUACUAGGAAGCCUGUCUUUGAAGAAAUGAGAUAGAUAAGAAAAAGCAACAUAAUAGGCUCAUAUAGUCAGGGAGGUGGCAAUAUGGCAAGGUACUGUAGUUUUCAUAGCUGUCUGUUUUGAACAUAUUAAGCACUGACUUUAUUACUGCAAUGUAAUUAUAUCAUGAGUAGGAGUUUUCUUGAGAUUUAGUAUAUUAGCUCUUAGUUUGUAAUUGUUAAAACUGGAAACAUACACAUACAUAUAUCUAAAGAGCAAGAACUCACCUCGUGUAUGUACUUGUAUGAGCUAUGAAGCUUCCUGUAAAAGUACUUUCUUUUGGUCUGUCAGAUGCUUGGUGAAAACUGCCUUUUUGUCAAAAUGAUCUUGAAAAUGCUGUAAAAUAAAUAUUUUCUAUUUAUUAUUUAAAAAUAGAA